UCGUCUCGGCCGGAAGCUGUGGCGGCCGCUGCGGCUUGGGGCGUCUGCCGAGCCCUGGUGGUGGGCGUGGGGGCGGAGGCAUGAGGACAACGGCCUGGCUUCAGUAAUCGCGCAGGGAUGUACCGAGCCGGGAACGCAGGCAGGCCGAUGGAGGAGGGAAGGAGCGGCCUGUGAAACGGCGUGACGCUGGCGACCAGCCCGGGCGGGAACCGGGGCUGGCAGAGGCGCCAGUGCAGCCCGGCUGGUCCGGCGGCUGCGCUGAGGGCGGGGGCGCGGGGACCGGAACAUCUAAGGGGAGCUGGCUGCGGGGGGCCCAAGGGGCGAGGAGAAGCGUCUUCCUAACAGCCGAGAAAGGUGUGGGGUCGUAAGGAGCAAGUUGCGGGGGUGGCCGGAAGUAGCGAGAAGCAGGUAACAGGCGCGGUGCGAGGAAACCGAAAGGGAUCGGGGUGAGAGAGAGGGAGAGAGAGAGAAAGGAAGUGGGUGGAAGUGACUGGAAGGGUCGGGUGACUAGAGAGAAGGUCGGGCGUGAGUGGAAGGACGGCGAGGUGUGGCUGGGUCCGAGGGACAGAGGAGGUCGGUGGAAGUGGAUCGAGGGUCGGGGCGGGCGGGGGAAGCCGUUGGAAGUGGCAGGGAUUGGGACCCGGAGGAGGCAGAGACGCGGCCGCGAGGCAGCGGGGCCGAGCAGCAGCCACCUGGGAGCGUGUGGGAGCUGGAGGACUUGGUGGCGGCGGAGGCUCGGGAGCCAGCCCCUGCCUCGGGGCGUCGGGGCGGCGGCGAUGUGGGACCCGAGGCUGCUGAGGUUGGCCUUGGUGCAGCAGCUGCGCGCGGUCUACGGCAUUAAGGUCAAGAGUGGCCGGGGACAGUGCGAUCGCAGGAAACACGACACGGCAGUCACGGAAAUAGCGGGCAAAAUAUUUGGAGUACCUUUGAAUUCAUUGCCCCAUUCUGUUGUACCAGAAUAUGGACAAAUUCCAAGCUUUCUUGUUGAUGCUUGCACAUCUUUAGAAGAGCAUCUUCAUACAGAAGGACUUUUUAGAAAAUCAGGAUCUGUUAUUCGUCUAAAAGCACUAAAGAAUAAACUGGACCAUGGUGAAAGUUGUCUUUCUUCUGCACCUCCUUGUGAUAUUGCAGGACUUCUUAAACAGUUUUUCAGGGAAUUGCCAGAGCCCAUUCUCCCAGCUGAUUUGCAUGAAGCAUUUUUUAAAGCUCAACAGUUAGGACUAGAAGAGAAGAAUAAAGCUACAUUGUUGAUCUCCUGUCUUAUGACUGACCACACAAUUGAAAUAUUAAGAUAUUUCUUUAACUUCCUCAGAAAUGUUUCCCUACGGUCUAGUGAGAAUAAAAUGGGUAGCAGCAAUCUUGCGGUAAUAUUUGCACCGAACCUUCUUCAGACAAGUGAAGUACAUGAGAAGAUGUCUACUCACACUGAAAAGAAACUCCGAGUGCAGGCUGCAGUGGUCCAGACUCUUAUUGAUUAUGCUUCCGAAAUUGGGCAUGUUCCAGUUUUUAUUCUGGAAAAGAUCCCAACUAUGUUGGGUAUUGAUGGUCUCUGUGCUACUCCAUCAGUAGAAGGCUUUGAAGAAGGUGAAUAUGAAACUCCUGGUGACUGUAAGAGAAAGCGAAGACAAAGUGUAGGAGAUUUUGUUAGUGGAGCAUUAAAUAAACUUAAAUCUAACAGAACACCCUCUAUUACACCACAACAUGAAAGAAUUGCCCAGCAGUCUGUAUCCCCAGUGAUUCUUACACCAAAUAGUAAACGUAAGCUGCCAAUAGAUUCUUCUCAUGGUGUUUCAAGUAAGAAAAGGAAGUCCAUCAAGCACAAUUUUAACUUUGAUUUAUUGCCAAGUAAUCUCUUCAGUAGCAGUUCUACGCCGGUAUCAGUUCACUUUGACACAAGCUCAGAAGGAUCAUCACAGAGUUCAGUCUCUCCGAUAGUCAUCACUGGAAACCAUCUGAUCGGUACAGAUGUUCCAAGGCGAAGUAAAAGAAUUGCAAACAAAAAAAUUUGCAGGGUAGAAUCAGGGAAAGCUGGUUGUUUCUCUCCUAAAGUCAGCCGUAAAGAAAAGGUUCGAAGAUCUCUUCGUCUGAAAUUUAGUCUGGGGAGAAGUAGCAAAGAUGUUAAUGACUGUUCUGGUAUGAAUAGACGUGAAAAUGUUGGGCGACGACUUGCAAAUCAACAAAGUUUAAAAAAUGGAAUCGAAUCUGUAAAAACGGGUCUACUUUUUAGCCCAGAUAUUGAUGAAAGAUUAACAAAGAAAGGUUCUAAAAAGAUUAGUAAGUCUGAGGAAAACUUACUGACCCCAGAGCGACUGGAUGCAACAAGUUACCGGAUGUCUUGGACAGGACCUAGCAAUUCACAUUUUCAAGAAAUAGUUGCAAGUGAAGUGUCUCCAGUAGAGAGAAAUCUUGAGGUCGCAAACUCUUCUUUGGAGCCUGAUAUAAUGGUUGAAAAGUCACUUGUUAGUUCAUAUGAACUCACCCCUUCUGAUAUACACAGUAAGCAUAGUAACAGCAUCACCGGAAGCUCUCUUAGUGGAGAUGAAAACAAUUUGACGACAGAAACUUUGGUAAAAAUUCAGAAAGCAUUUUCUGAAUCUGGAAGUAAUCUUCAUUCAUUGAUGAAUCCUGGGCAGUCACCAGUUACUAGUGUUGGGGAAGUAAAGUUAAGUGAAGCAUCUUCUGUAGAAUAUAGCCCAGAGAAAAAUCUGUUUGAAACUAAUGAUUUGACUGUUAUAGAAUCAAAUGAACACAACAGUAAGGAUGAAAGCAGUUUUUCAGCACAUCAAACUCAAAAGUUGGUUGAAGAAGCAACUAUCAAGUGUCACUCUGUUCAGAUGAAGAUAGAACUUGAAAAAAGCAUUCAUUCAAAGAUACCUACUGACUAUUUUAGUGAACAAGAAUUUCUUAGUGAUGAAAAUAUAAAGGAACAGCAGUCUCCAAAGUAUAAGCUAAAUGCUGAAAUAAAGGAGGAUGAGGAUGUGAUUGAAGAGAAUUUACUGAAUUGUGUAGCUUCUAAGGAGAAUGAGGAGGACGCAGCUAACACCCCUUCCUCUGAGCAGACUUGUACCGUGACAAACUUAUCCAAACCUAGGCCGAUGAGAAUUAGUAAGCAGUCACUGGUGGAAAUCGGUGAUAAAAUGGCUCCUGAAAGUUUACAUACGACAGAGCAUGGAAGGGUUUCAGACCAUAUCCAGUGGUUUAACAAACUUUCCUUAAAUGAGCCAAAUAGGACAAAAGUUAAAUCACCUCUUAAAUUUCAGCGUACACCUGUUCGUCAGUCUGUCAGAAGAAUUAAUUCUUUAUUGGAAUACAACAGGCAACCAGUAAGGCGCAAAUUGUCAGCUCACGGUGAUGCCACAUCUCCUCUGGUCAAAGCAGUGAGCUGUGAAAGUGCUCUUUCUUCCUGUAUAGAAGGUACAUCGAAAGAUUUUGUUUCGCACAGCAAAUUAAGUCUUAAAAAACAGAAGUCUACAUUGUGUGAACAGUCAAAUGUUGAUGCAGUUUCAAAAUCACGCUUGGAGUUAACUUCUAAGUCUUUGUCAAAGAUAAAGAGGCACCCGGACUCUGUGACUUCUCUUGGGUCUUCCAGAGUUUGUAAACAGGAAGUCAUAGCUGAUAGUCACAUUAAGGUUCCCUUGGAUGAUCUGACAAAUCAAAAUAUCUUAAAAUCUGUUGUAAAUAAUAAUAGGGGUUUUUCUCCUGCGAUAAAUAACCAGGUCCUUUGGAAGCCUUCAGAAAGAGAAAGGAUAUGGUAUAAAGGUUCUCCCAAAAAUCCUAUUGGAAAAACUCAACUACUACCAACAAGUAAACCAGUAGACUUGUAAUGAGUAGAUGGUUUUUAACUGAUUAAUGUACAUAACAUUGCCAAUUUGUGAUGUGACUUUCGGGAUAAUCUGCAUGUUGUAGCUCAGGAUGAUCAUGUAAUGAAUUUAAAUUUUGCUGUAUAAGCAGUUUAAAUCCUUAUGCUGUGCAACUGGCUUCUUUUCCCCCAUAAUGAUAGCAGUAUUUAAACUAACUGUAAUCUUUAAAGCAGAGGUUAUACUUUGUAAAACAACUGGAUUUAUUAGAAAUUGUGGGAUAUUAUGAGUUUUAUAAAGUAUGGAAAGAGUGGAAUGAGUUGUGCCUAUUUCCUGUUUUUCUAAGUCCGAAAUUUGGGUUAUGAAAAGGGAAGAGACAGGCAAAUUACUUUUUCUAAAGUGUAAGUGUGUGUGAGUGUGUGUGUGGGGGGGGGUGUAUGUAUGUGUGUGUAUGCUGGGGACCAAAUUGAGGACCUUACAUGCAAAUGGCAUACCCUCAACCUCUGAGCUACAUAUUGACUAAAUCUUAGUUCUUGGAUUGUAUUAAUAUUUGUUAUCUUUACCAAGAUCCCUAAAAAUUAAUUGAUAUCGGUACCUACCUUAAGUCUUUGUAUUUGGGGACAGAGUCAAUAGGCUUAUAUUACCUGUAGGUGUAUACAGUAUGUUCACUUAAACUAAGAAAACUGCCAAGGCAGAAUAAUAACUCAUAGGAUAAUAUGGGCUCGUAUAGGAUAAUACUGCAGAAGUAAUUGAUGAUUUUUAAGCCAUACUGUUGUUUAAGUUAAUUUGCACAAAUGCAUUUGUAUCCAUUUGUCCAGUAUAAUAUUCAAAACAUUUUUGAGGAAAUUUAACUUGGGAAAUUUUAAUUAUGGUGAUUUUUUUUUUUUAUAUGCAGAUGCUUGGUCUUGGUUUUAGAAAUAGUUGAUGUACCUCUGUGCAUUAAACUUAGAUUCUUCUACUUUGGAAUUUAUGAAAACUUGUGACCAUUUUGUCUUGUGUGUAAAUUAUUUAUUUGGCAUAGACAUUAAAAAUAACAUUUUGGA